AUGGAGAUGCGCCUUUCUGACGCAAUAAUAGUCAAGCGCAAGUACAAACGUCAAAAUCGAGAUAUAGCAUCUGUCAAUUCCUCACAAGCGGUUCGAAUUAGAAUCCUAGAAAAUGAAACCUCCAAACUCCUUGCUGAGAAUCUCGAGCUCCGGGAAGAAAAUUUACGUCUCCGAAGCGAAAUUGAUAAUGGAAAAGCACAAAGAGUUGCAGAUCGGGUCAAUGUGGUCAAAUCACAGCUGGAAGAGAGAUUGUUGGAGAUUGGGGUUUUGAUAAGUGGUCUGGGGGAGGAAUCUCCACCGAGGAAGAGGUCACCACAUCUUCCAAGGCAGCUAGGCGGAUUGAAGUCGAGCUCGAUUCCUCCUCGUAGCCCUAAGGAGGAUAAAUGGGAAAAUAUGGCUCCAUUGAACGAGGACGGUACAAGUCCAGAGCGCAAAAUGCCCCCAAGGAAGAAUGUGGCUUCGCUGAGUGAGGACAUUGGUAGUCCAGACGGCAAACUACCCCCAAUUCUGGAGAACAAAUAUUAUCCAAGGAGGACUUUGGAACAUCAUGAAAUUGAGAACAUGCUAGCUGAAGUGGUAACAGAGACUACAGAUUCGCCAGACAUUGGCCCACCACCAGUAUCCCAGUUUGUAGACGAGGACCCUGUAAAGAUUAAUUUGCCAGAAAAAGUCCCUUGCGAGAAGGAAGAGGAUCCUUGUCUAGACCCGAUAAUAUCAACGAACCUUGAGCAGAGAAAGAGGCGUAAGGAUAGUAUAAUGGCUUCUGACAUCAAAAGGAACAGCCGAUCGGAACCUUCACAAGCAAAACGAGAGACUACAGGGAUACUCAAAUCUGGGGCAAAGCGUAAGCUCAGUGCAAGAGAUGACGAGGAAUUGGAAUCUACAAACGUAAACGAUACUGAUGAUUUCCAAUUCACACGCGUGUCUUCUGAGGAACGAACGAAAAACAGACAGGUGGUUUCAUCAGCUAAAGAGAAUGCAAAGUCAUUGAAAGAUGCUACUGGCUCUAAAGCAUUAUCCAAAGAUAGGCCGGCUCUGCCUCCAAACGCUAGAAAGGUUCUGGCUGCCAAAAGUGUCAACACUUCUCCUAAGAAAAGCGCUAGCGCCAGGAAUUUGUUUCAUGAUGGCAUUAAGCCAGGAAAAAUGGAUAUGUUCAAGGAGAGCCUGGCAAAGGAAGUGCAGGUCGAGGAUAAGAAAGUAGAAAGUAUUGAACCUGGUUCACAAACCGUUCAACCUCAACUGCAGGCUUUCAAUAUCCAGCAGGAACCCGAGACGCCCGCACCAAUCGAUAUCUUUUCACCUCUUUCAUCCCAUCCAUCAACAGCCGUUCGAAUGGAAUCUCAGGACACUCCACCUCCUUCAGAGAUGAGAGAAUCUGUUGAAGGUCAACGACCUAGCCGACGAGCUCGAGGGGCAGUAAGUUAUGCGGAACCUAAUCUUCGAGACAAGAUGCGCCGACCCGGAAAAGAACUUGUGAAUGCUGUAACAUCAGAUGGAAAAGUUCGCGCUGUCAAAGUUGAAGGGGAAGCUGGCCCAACGACAGUAAGCAAGAUCAAGGUAGAGCCCGAAGCAGAGGAUGGUUGGAAACGACUAUCAGCCGCGCCUGAUGCUGACCGCAGUCCACUAAGUGGUAAAACCUCUAUUCCUACGACGGAUAUGCUAUCAAGCAGUAUCACAGAUCAUAGAAGACGUCGCGAGUCAAUCUUGCAUCUGACAGAGCCGGGACCUUCUUCAGCAUCGGGGUCGAAAUCAGUCACGGAGCUACUUGCAGAGUCUAGGAAAAUAAAAGCAAAGUCUAAGGAACAAUCUGGAAAAGGCGAUGAGAUCAAGGCCGCCCUUGAAGACAUGGAUAUUUAUGAAUUUCAAGGUUCUCCGAAACGUGAUACAGAUGAAGCGCCAAAAGCCAUAAAAGAGGAGAAAAUUGAGAGGGCACCAUCACGUUUCUCCAGGAGAGCUUCAGCUAUACCGGCAGGUGAUUCGAGUGAAAGUAAGGAUUCGGAAAAACCUGGGAAAAGAAUCGCGGCAUCGGCUGGAGCAUCAAGACGAAGACAGUCGGCAUUGUCAUCCUCAGUCCGAUGCUCAUCAGCUGUAGGACAUGAAUCAGAAAGGGAAAACACAGAUACUGAAACAUCAUUGAGAAGAUCAGUGAGCAGCACGAGUAUGGCAGGUGUAGCAGCUAGAAGCGAUAGGAUGUCCGUUAGGAGAAGAAGUAUGAUGUUAUGA